AUGUUCUACGUCGUAGCCUCCGCCGCUGCGGCGCUGUCAUUUUUUCUCUACUCCUUAUACCAAUAUCUACUUCCCAAGCCAAUCCCUGGGAUCCCAUACAAUGUCGACGCUACCAAGAACUUGCUCGGAGACAUUCCACGUCUGCAAAAAGAAGCCAACACAAAUGUCUACGGCUGGCUGAUCAACCAGACUCGUAUCCACAAGAGCCCUAUCAUCCAGGCAUUCAUCGAGCCCUUCCACCAGCCUUCGGUCCUCGUCGCCGACUUCCAUGAGGGCCAAGACAUCCUGAUGCGACGCAAGGAAUUCGAACGAUCCGAUUUCAGUAUUGCGCUUCUCAGCGGAGAAGCUCCGAACUUCCACAUCAACAUCAAAACAGGACCAGAAUGGAAGGCUCAUCGACGUCUCCUACAAGAUUUGAUGGCGCCCAAGUUCCUGCACGGAGUCGCCGCCCCUAAUAUCUACAAGAGUUCUGCUCGCCUCCUAGACCUUUGGAGAAUCAAAGCACAGGCUGCCGUGGGGCGUGCGUUCCAAGCAGAUAUGGACAUCUUCUACGCCGCGCUAGAUGCUGUUUUCGACUUUGGAUUCGGCGAUGCGAUUGAGCAGAGAGCACUAAUCCCGCAAAUAGAAAAGGUUGCAGCAGCUGAUAUACCCACCAAUACCAAUGGAAACAAGGCCGUCGAGUUCCCUUCCGCACCAAUCGACCCGUCGUUUCAAGCAACACUGAACUCUGUCGAGAACGUGGGCCCGGUUGCUGCGAGCGGUUUCCCCAAACUUGCUUGGUGGCUUGUCGGUUGGAGACCCAGCGUGCAGCGCAACCGAGCAAUCCUCGAUAAGUUCAUAAAAGAGCAAGUCAUGAAGGCGGUCGACCGAUACAAGAAUGAAGGCGCGGACGACAACGACGACUACGUCAAAUCGGCGAUUGACCUUAUGGUACAGAGGGAAGGUACAUUUGCCAAAAAGGAGGGGCGAGAUCCUGUGUUUUGGAGUCAAACAAUGAAAGACGAGACUCUUGGCUUCAUCGUCGCCGGACAUGACACCACAAGCACCACCUUGUGCUGGGGCGUCAAAUUCCUCUCGGACAACCCAGAACCCCAAAGUCGAUUACGCCAGAUUCUCCGGAGCAAGCACGAAGCUGCUGCAGCCGAAGGCCGCGCUCCUACGUAUGCUGAGAUUGUACAAACCAGUGUACCAUACCUGGAUGCCUUGGUCGAGGAGAUGCUACGCUUAGCCCACACAACAAUCAUUCAGGAACGACAGGCUAGCGAGGACACCAUUGUACUUGGCCACCGGAUCCCCAAGGGUACUAACGUAUUUGUCGCCAAUCAAGGCGCCAGUUUUACGGAGCCUGCAUUCGACAUUCCCCAACCUCUCCGCAGUGAGUCGUGCAAGAAUGCCAUGGAGGAGCGGGGAAUGCGAUCCUGGAACGAGGAUGGAAUGAACAAGUUCUGGCCGGAGCGGUGGUUGGUGACGAACAAGGAGACCGGAGAGCAGGUUUUCGACUCGGCGGCUGGGCCUACCAUCCCAUUCGGUCUCGGUCUUCGGGGUUGUUUCGGACGCAGACUGGCAUACAUGGAGUUGAAGCUCUUGGUUACUCUUCUGGUGUGGACCUUUGAAUUCUUACCUUGUCCAACGGAGCUGUCGACUUACGAGGACGUUGAGGGGUUGACUCGUAAGCCGAAGCAGUGCUACGUCAACCUGAGAGUCCUGUGA